CCCCUUGCCCCCCCCCUUUUCCCCCACUCCCUUCCCUGCCAAUAUCUAUGCUGCUCGCUGACUCGGUCACCCUCGCGUUGGAACGCCAUGUUGUUUCGGUCCAUGCGCUGCAUUCCUUUCUGGGUUGAACCAAACCCAUUAUACACAACUCUUGUCUGUGAUCGCAGUGAAGGCGCCAUCGUCUGAUUUUGUUCCUAUUAUUGGGCCGUUGAAGCUCGGCACGUGGACGCCAUCUGCGGCUAAUGCCCCCUUCUUGGUUUUUCCUCUCUCUCUACGACUCAGCUUAUGCGGGUUCGAUAUCUCGAUUGUCGAGACCAUUACCAAUCCCCCUCGUCAUCCCAUGGAUCGAUCGAUUGCCAAUCAAGUCUGUGGCAAGUCCCAUUGGGCUGGCUGCAAGUCACUUCUCCGUUUGUCUGCGCGUCUUCGCCAUCCCCGUCCACUGCCUCGGCGCCGAUCCGGAGAUAGCAGGCAAGGUGGUGUGGGCAUCUCGCGUCCUGUACCCGGGGCGUUCUCCAAUACUUCUCCAACUUACGCUCCAGUUUGGUCCACAGCCUGACCUUUGCUCCAGUCAGAAAUGCCCGAGUGCCAUGCUUGUGCAUCGCCAAUCCGGCCUCGACUCGCCUCUCCGUAAGUCCGCCCCCGCGAGGGUAUCCCCUCAAGCUCUUACAGGGGCGAGGGGGCGUGUCCCGGGGAGACAUUCGUCAACCGGGGCGUCAACAACACUGGAACACCGGCGGGGAUCAAUGCCUUGGACAGCCAUACUGGCAGACUAAGACCAAGGGCCUCUCUCUAAUACCACGUCGCGGGUUCUAGACCAUCACCGACCUCCCCCUCGGUAGCAUCUGGACUGCCGCUGUGGGGCGUGCUGGGCUGCCAGCUUUCCCAGCUUUUUGGUCUUCAACACUCAAUCCCCCAAGAUUCUCCGCAUUUCUU